CACCGCUCCAUCUAUUCCACGAACUCCAAAACAACAUGGAUGCCAUAACUAAGCUUUGCACAGCGCGUAACGUUACCGUCGCUGUGGCCGCGGUAUUCGGCACAAGUAUCUGGCUGUUUCGCCGAUACCUAGUGGGCAGAAGAUGCACUAACACUGUUCGACUCCAUGGAAAGACAGUCAUCGUGACUGGUGCGAAUUCGGGGAUCGGGAAGGCGACCGCCUUAGAGCUCGCUCGCCGCGGAGCUCGAGUGAUCAUGGCUUGUAGAGACUUGGAAAGCGCCGAAAAAGCAGCGAGUGAAAUUCGGUACAAGGUGCCAAAAGCCGAAGUCGUUUGCAGGUUUCUCGAUCUAAACUCUCUGAUAUCUGUUCGCAAGUUUGCAGAGGACGUUAUGAGGGAGGAGAAACGACUCGAUAUCUUGGUCAACAAUGCUGGGGUCUACCAGCCGGCGAACAAGAAAACAGUUGACGGUUUUGAGACUCAAUUUGGUGUAAACCAUUUGGGACAUUUCCUACUUACGAACAUGCUGUUGGAUCUGCUGAAGGCGUCUGCCCCGUCCAGGAUUGUUGUGGUAUCAUCAAGGCUAGGUUUUCGUGCAAACCUAGAUUUUGAUGCGUUCGACAAAGAAGACACUGAGAAGAAGUCUAUGAGGGGCGGACAUGUGAUGCCGGUGGGUUAUGGUCGCAGUAAGCUGGCGAACUUCCUCUUUACUCAUGAACUGAGCAAGAGGCUUCCACAAGGUGUCACAGUGAAUGCCCUUUGCCCUGGUAUGGUGUGGACUGGACUUGGAAGAACAUCAAAAAUGUCAUGGAAGAUGAAACUGUUGUUUUGGCCACUUGGGUUCCUUUUUUUGAAGCGCCCCAUGGAAGGUGCCCAGACAGUAAUCUACUGUGCAACAGAGCCAGAACUAAGUAAUGUUUCUGGAAAGUGCUUUACAGAUUGUCACCAAACAGAUAUGCCAGCAAACUGCACUGAUGAUGAGACAGCUAAACGACUUUGGAAUGUGAGCGAAAUACUUACUGGACUUUCCUUUUAAAGACUUUUAAUUCUUAAGGUGUCCUGCGUCAAUUCCAAAGGACUGCUUUCACGAAAAAUCACGCAUUUUCAAACCGCUCCCAUACAAUCAUUAUUUACGUGAUUUCUCCAAUUCUUUCAAUUUUUCAUGAAAAAAAACAUCCUAGAUCCGGAGUUUCUUGCGAUGCUAGGUGAAAUCCAAACCGGUUGCGGAAUAAUUGGGGUAAAUCAAAAGCAACGUAGUAACUAGCUAAGAGUGGCUUGACAGGUAUAUGCUAUGAGCUUGCUGCAAGGGGUGUGGUUGCCUUGUUGGUUUACGGUACGCCUAGAAUAACAAUAAUGAUACAGUAUAAGGGACUUCAUAGCUAAGAUCUUACUUGCUCUGUCAAAAAACUAAAGGGCUGCAGAAUCUCAGCAUUUUGUAAUUUUUUUCUAGUUUUUGCAAUGCUUUAGGUAAUGUGGCUAUGGUAGCAUAAAUCAUUAUAUCAUAAUAUUUUGAGCAUUGAUACAAAUAUUAAUUACAUGUUAAAAUGUUUCCCUUUAAAACUUUAUUGCUCUUGAAAUGUCAUUGCUACCUAUGGGAUUUUGGGUGGCACGGGCCACAGCGACAUUCCCUCGAGGGUCACCAACCUGUGAAUGUCAGCUCUGCAGCUUCUGGGUGUCUGGAAAAGUAACGGAUUCAGUAAAAAUUGCUGUAUUCCAUCGUUACCCGCAUAGAUAUUCAGCUCUAACCUGGUGCAACCGCUUUUCUAUACACUAGCUUUGAUCAUAUUCAAGCGGUAAGUGUCAAAAUACAGCCUACCAAAAGCUAAAAGCGAUCAAAAUGGAUGCAUUUCAAUUAUAAUUUUGGCGGAAAUGUGCUGCUUACUUCUCCAAGCGCAAAACUCGAAAUCAUGGUCUCCAAAUGUUAAUACGUACAUUUUUAUGAAGGGACAUAUCAAUUCUUACUUUUAGAUUGAAGUAUUCUUUCCGUGGUCGUUUUAAUUGGCAGUAUGUUCAGUAUUCUUCAAGGCGUCCAUCUCGAGAUGUUCAAAUUGUUAUAGUUGAUUUAGAGCAGGAUCAGCCCAACUGAAUAUUGUUAUAUUUUACAGGCGAGAUCCUUGAAACUCGAUUUAGUUAUUACAGCAUAUUUUAGAGAAGUCUUACAUUUUGUCAUUUUGUUUUUGUAUUAUAGUCGCUUUUUUCCAAACUUCGACUUUCGACUAACCACAAUUAUUCCGCAAUCAGUUUGGAUUUCACCUUGCAUUGCAAUAAACUCCGAAUUUAGGAUGUUUCUUUCAUAAGAAUUUGAAAGAAUUAGAGAAAUCACUUCAAAAAUGAUUGUAUUGGCGCGGUUUGAAAAUGUGUGAUUUUUUGGGAAAGCAAAGGGCAACCUUAAAGGGUUACAGUUUUAGGAGGUAGCUGCAUCAUAAAAGGGUCUAGGGACAAAAUGGUUUAAGUGAUAUUUUGACCAUUUCCUCAAUACAAAAUCCAAAAACUUGGCAAUGAAACACAUGGAUUAUGUGAGUGCAGCGCUUUUUAUAAAUACAGUAGGUGUCUUAGGCUUGAGUGAAACAGCUAGUUCUCCCUUGUAGAGUUUUUUUUGUGAGAGUUGGCAAAAUCUAAAAGUUAAUGAAAUCAAAGGAAACAGCAGAUAGUAAUUUGAAUUAUACCGUAGCUGAAAGUAUUCUUAUUAUAAAUACUUAAGCCCUGUUUAAACAGUGCAAACAUUGUAAGCAACAACAGCCAGCAGUUCUGACUCAGCAAACCUGGUACUGUUUGUAUUAUGUUGGGAAGUUUUGCAAAGUAUAGUUUGCUAACAUUUUCUUUUUUGGGGUCAGUCAUGCAAACCCAAAAUACAAACAAACAAAAUAAAAGAAUUUCAAAAAUUUUCCAAAAUAUAAAAAUAAUAGUUAUUAUAAUAAUAAAAAUGAUGAUGAUGAUGUUGAUGAAGAUGAUUAUAGUAAUAAUAAAAUAGAUAGGAUGGUUGUAAAAGUAACCUUUUACAUUAUGCUCUUACUCGACCCCGGUAAGCUUUUCUGUCUCAACCAGCAUAAAUUUAGCACUGUAUAACAGUCCAAAAUUACCUAGGGUAGGUGACUCGGCUUACUGUAGUAAAGAUUUAUGUAAAUAUAGUGCCAGAGAGGAGUAAGGUAAUCUUUUGGAAGUCAAUAAAUCGUAAUACUUUUACAAAA